AGGUGUCCAUCCCUCAUAUUUGCGGUUGUAACUGCAAAACUGCAAAACUAAUGUAAGCCUCUCCCUCUCACCCUGGACGACUGACUAUGAUUGUUAAUGUAAUUAGCUGUAUUACCCCACCCAAGACCUGUUAAUUACGAAACGGAACGAAAGCCCGAGGAAAAAAGACCCUGGGGAAAAAAUAUAAUAAAACAACCAUACUAAACGUGUAGACUGAAACAAGAAAACAUAUAUUACAAAUUGCCUUUUCAAAUACCUGAUGUAGUUUAAAGCUGAACACUUCUCAUAAAUAGGCACAGUCAGACGGGUAUAUAAACCGUUGAAUUCCCUUUCACCCGAUUGCACAUUCGAAACUCGUGGCCGACAUGUAGUACUCCUUUCGAGUUCUUAGAUUUUUUGCGUUUAUUUCUUGUUUAUAUGUGCAUUUUCUGUUUCUAAAUAAUGUAUUAACCUGUUUUUUUCAUGAUACUUUUGUCCUGUUUUGGAGAACAUACGUAAAAUUUGAUAAUUUCAUCGAGAUUGAGUAACACGCAGUGUAAGAUGUACGUCUACAUUCGUCGGAUCUCCACAGUUAAAUACAUUGAACUGAUUAGCGAUAUGCUCCAUAUAUAUGGGUUGUAGGGAGAUCGUUCAAGAAUGGGAAAUAUGGCGGACUAUGCCUAUUUACGAGAUGUGUCCAGCUUUAAGUACCCAUCCCGGCUACUUCAACACAACAAGCCAAACAGGUCUUAUCUCGGUUGUGACUUUCUGGGUACUACCCGAACACGAGCUCUCAGGUAGUUAUAAAUAAAAAUCAAGGGGUUCCCCACAGUAUAAAGAACAGUAUUUACACUUACACAAUAGUGGCAUCUUAAGGGAUUAAAUUUGGUUUGUUACAGUAUUUUUUUUAAUUCACCCACAUUUAAGUAGGGCAAUGUUAAACAAUAUGUCCAUGGUCCCAAACUGGUGAAUGCUAACCUAAAUUAUGUUAGCACUUAAUUCCUUCAUCAGCAUUUUCUCCCCUUCAGAUGGGUAUUUCUUAAAUUUCCUUAAUCUGUUUUGUGUGUCCCAAUCCUACAAAUUAACCAACGCUAUGAAUUGCACACAAUUUAAUCCAAACUAUCCGAGUAUGAUUUCAUGCAAAUAUGAAUAAACAUGCUAUUCAAGAAGAUGCAAAUAUCUUCUUUUUCCUUUAAUGUAAUUAAUCAUUAAAUGGAUAUUAACAAGAACUAAGUCAUCCUGGGUUUUAACCUUUUUCAAUGUUAAUCUUGGGUUUCCUAUUUUGAACGUUGAAGUUAUAUUAUACCAGAAUGCUUCCUCUUGGGUUUAGGCUUUUCUUGCCAAGUGUUUCUUUAAAAAAAUAAAAAAAAAAUAAAGAUGUUUUAUAUUUCUUAUAAUGUAAACUUAUUUUCUUUGGCCAAGCCCUUCCCUGAGAACAUGACUUGAACAAUUAAGAAUCUACACCAAUCAAAAAUGCAUCCAUACAAGUUUACGCUCUUCUGUUUCGUGCCUAUUGAAAAGAAGGCUUUUUAUAGAAAGUCACUAUAUAUAUCAUUGUUAAACUUCGAUUAUAUAUUUCUCCAAGAUAGUAGGGGUAAGUGUCACAAUUAACACAAUUAAGAAUCUACUUAACCAGAGUUCUGCACAUAAGUUUAAUCCUUUUUUGACAAGUAGUCCUUUUUCAUAUUGAUUUUAAUGAUAAAGUUGGAUUCCCAAUUUCAGUUCCUCCCUACGCAUUAUUUAAACAAUUUGGAAUUUACACUACCCCCGAAUGUUUUAGCUAGUAGUUUUUCUAGAGAAGAACUAUGUUUGGUUACCCAACGGUUUCUUUUUCUUUUUUUAUUGUUUUCUUCUGUUAGAUGAAGGACAAUCGUAUUAUUAAUGCAACACGAAAGUUUCGGAUCAGUGCACAUAUUUCUCUAUUGGGGGAUAUUUAAAUUGUGUGCUGGAUUUUAAAAUUAGUUUAAUCGGUAGACACUUAAAUGUGUCGACAAUAAGUAUGUUUAGUCAACAGUAUAUUUUACUUCCUUGUAAGGCGUAAAGGAGAUUUGUUUUCGACAUGACUGCAGUAACAAUCGCUGCCCUGAUAUUUGCAACGGAUUUUGUAUUUUGCUACGAAAAUAUUGCCUUGUUUAAACCGACAUGGCAAUCAAACCAAUAUAACUUAGGAAAUGAUAUUUUCCACUCCAGUAACGCUGUUGAUGGACUAAAAACUGAUCUCGGAGCAUGGGGAGGACAAUGUGUGAUAUCAGCUGAUAAACAGAGAACUGCCAUCUGGUGGCUAAAUUUGACUUCCGUCGUCAGUAUACAUCACAUCUUAAUAUAUUACAGAACUGAAAAUGAAAAAUGGGGUGCUUCAAAUCCUUACACAUCAAGAUUUCUUGGAUUCUCUGUUUAUAUAUCUAACACAACAGACAGACUUGAUGGUCACCUCUGUUUCCACGACACAAUCUACAACAGGUCCACAAUACCAGCUGUGGUCAACAUAACCUGUCCUGUACACGGCCAAUACGUCAUCUACUAUAAUGAAAGACUUCAAAAUGUUAAUUAUCCGACUGGAUAUUCUCAGUAUGCAUUUACUGAUUUCUGUGAAGUUGAGGUGUAUGGUUGUGUUAAUCCAAUGCGAUAUGGCUCAAAUUGUUCCCUUCUAUGUCCUGUAAAUUGCAGGCAAUAUUGCCAAAUACAAUCAGGAAAUUGUUUUCAAUGCAGUCCAGGCUACAAGGGUGAACACUGUGAACAGAAAUGCAAUAUGAGUAAAUAUGGAGAAGACUGCCGUCAGGACUGUGGCGUCUGUUUGGAUUACGAACAGUGUCAUCACAUCAAUGGAACAUGUCUAGAAGGAUGUGAUAGAGGUUACUAUGGUCAACUCUGCAUCAAAGGAUGCUCUCCUGGAAGGUAUGGUGCAAACUGUAAAGAUACAUGUAGCGAGAACUGCUCAGUACCGAGGAGAUGUAACCAUACCACAGGGGAAUGCCAGGGAGGAUGCAAAUCAGGAUGGAAAGGACUAUUAUGUGAUAAGGAAUGCGACGGAAACCAAUAUGGCCCUAAUUGCGGGAAAACCUGUGGCAGUUGUCGAUAUCUACGCCAGUGUCAUCAUGUGAAUGGUUCUUGCGAGGACGGGUGUAAUCCAGGAUACCAAGGGGAGAAGUGCAAUAAAGUUUGUAGUUUUGGUUAUUUUGGAUCCGACUGCAAAGAGGAAUGUAGUGCAUUUUGUAAGACAACACGCGACUGUCAUUACGAGACAGGUUCAUGUACCGAGGGCUGUAAAUCAGGCUGGCAAGGACACGAUUGCUUCCAAAUCCAAGAAAAAGAGGAGAAUGACUGGCCGUCUCGAUUUUAUGGUCUUCUUGCUGCUUUUUGUGUAUGUGUAGCAGUCAUAGUUGUUUUGUUAGUGGUGGUGUUCCUGCAACGACGUCGCAUUAUCGUAAGGAAAGCACAGAAAACUUUGAAGGAGAGUAAAAAUCCUCAAUGCAAUACUGGUUACGUAGAUGUAAUGUCCACUGAAAAUAUUAAAAGUGAAUACCAAGAGCUAAGUGACAUUAAAGAACCCUCAACGUAUGACGUUAUCAAAUGAUAAGCGUCAGCAAUAGACUUUGGGAUAUUCUUGCAGACUUGAGAUGAGAAC